AGCUUUUAUAAUAAGUAGGAAGAUAGCGUUUCAAAAUGAAAUCUGAGAGAACAAUCUCUCUGAUUUUAUAGUAUAUUGUAAUUAUCUGAGACAACUAAUAUUUUCCGAUCAUGGACUUUGCUUCUCAUGGACUUUGUUUCUCAUCGAUGUCUAUCGGCGAAAUCCUAGUGCAUACAGGAUGUGAAGAAGUGUCGUGAAGUAUAAUUAUUGCGCGGGCGCGGGUCAAUAAUUCGUGCCACGUUGCCUGGCGACGAUAUUCCUACUCUGAGUCUCUGGAACAACCGGCGCGAAGUGCUCCUCUUCCUUCUCCAGUGUCCAGACUCCAGACAGAAGCCGACCAGCCUUCUACAUAGCGCCACCAAAGGCGAAGACGAAGAUCUUGUCUUCCAUUUUCGGCGGCUCCUCACAGUGUUAUCUCCGUUUGUAAAGAGAACCAGAAAGCUGGAAGCAGUGGUAUGUGGAAGAAAAAAGAUGAGGCAACGAAAAAUGUGUUUACAUUGUCAAACGAUGGAUCAUUCGUAGAAAAUUCUGUAAAAUUCAUGUCUAAACGUUGGUCACCAUUAAAAUCAUCAUUUAAUAACAAUUUCAAAAGAUUGUUGUGCUUUAAAAUAAGCGAUGUGUUAAAUUUUUCGAAAUUUACUCAAUUCUUAUAUCGCCCGACCGAUCCAGCCAGUCUAGGAGUGACCAGAGCUUUAUUUGGGUUGUGCAUGGUGAUAGACGUCGUCGAGGAGAGAGGAUUCGCGGACGUCGACAUAAAAUGGGGAGAUCCGUGGAACUGUCAUUUUCCAUUGAUCCAUGGGAUGAAGCCGCCAAUGCUACCGUGGAUGGUAAUGAUAUACAUGGUGAUGUGGAUGGGUGCCUUCGGAAUCGCGCUCGGUCUACACUUCAAGAUCGCGUGCGCCUGCUUCGUGUUGCCUUACUGGUACAUCUUUCUGCUGGAUAAGAGCUACUGGAACAAUCACACCUAUCUCUACGGCAUCGUGGCUACCUUGCUCUGGGGAACGGAGGCGAACAAGUAUUUUGCGUUAGAUGCAAGUAAUACGAAACAAGACGGCAGUUCCGUGCCGUACUGGAAUUACUUCAUCCUGAAAUUUCAAUUCUUCGUGCUUUAUUUCUUGGCUGGCUUAAAGAAAUUCAGCAGGGAAUGGCUGGAAGGCUACGCCAUGAUGAAUCUGUCUAGACACUGGGUGUUUCAUCCGUUUAAAAUAUUUCUAUCUACCGAACAGAUUGAUUUUUUAAUUGUCCAUUGGUUCGGCUUUAUCUUCGAUCUGUCCGUCGGAUUUUGGAUGCUGCUCGAAAAAACUCGUAUACCAUCCAUGGUCUUCUGCACAGUUUUUCAUUUAAUGAACUCAAGACUAUUUAGCAUAGGUAUGUUUCCGUAUGUGUGCCUGGCGACAAUGCCGCUCUUUUGCCAUGCAGAUUGGCCACGUAGAUUAGAAUUGUAUUUUAAGCGGAGGCAAAAAAUUUUACUAAUUAAUACAAACUCAAUUAAUACUAACAGCGAAAAAAAGACUGAUAAUCAAGAAAAGGAACCUUCAAAGUCCAACUUAGAAUCAUCUUUAAAUGAUGAAAUCUUAUGUAAUGAAGCUAUGAUAUUUGAAGAAAAAGCAACAAACGAGGAAAGUGAUAAAAAUUAUCUUGUUAAAUUGAAGUCUGAAAAAAUCGACAAAGGAGAUAAUAACACGCAAUUACUUAAGAGUUCGAAUGAAUUCGAUAAAAAAGAAGCGACAAAUAUUUAUAAAAAGAAUCAUCAAGUUCAGCAAUCGUUAAAAACAACAAAAAAACAAAAGUUUGUAGCGUUAUUGUUGCUGAGUCAUAUUGUAUUGCAGUUUUUCCUGCCAUAUUCGCAUUUUAUAUCAAAGGGCUAUAACAAUUGGGUACCUGGUUUAUAUGGUUAUUCAUGGGACAUGAUGGUUCAUGCUUGGGACACCAUAUUCGUAGCGAUCAAAGUGCAUGAUAACGUGAACAAUGAAGUGCGAUAUUUAGAUCCUGACGCAUGGGUGCAAGGAGAUCGAUGGCUGAAGCACGGAGACAUGGCAAUGCAAUAUUCUCAAUGCUUAAAGGAUAAUUUAAUGCGUCGAAAGGGGGAAGCGUUGAAAAACAAUGAUCAAUCUGAGGAUAAAGAGAAAUGGAUGAAGCUAUCUACGAAUUUAAGCAUUUACAUGGAUGUCUGGUGCUCACUAAAUGGCAGAUUCCAACAAAGAAUAUUUAAUCCAAACGUCGACAUGUUGACAGUCGAUUGGCAUCCAUUUAAGCCCAUUUCAUUCCUAAUGCCAUUACUCACACAGUAUAAUUCGUAUCGACAAAAAAUGGAUGAAAUUCAGCAACACGUGUAUACCUGGUCGAAUUAUACGGAUGUACUGUUCGUGGCCGAUUUUCCAGGGAUGUACUUGGAAAAUUAUAUAUCCAGUGAUUUUGCAAACGUUUCUUUGACAGUGUUGGAAGGCGAAGUAACGUAUAGCGAAGAAGAUUCGAUGGAUAUGAUUACUAUAUCAAAAAAAAAUUCGAUUCCUAUCAAAACAGGAAAGUUUCAUCGAAUAAAAACGAUAAGUUCUUAUCCAGCAUGCUAUAUGUAUACUUAUAUGUAUACUUAUACCAAUCAAACGAAGCAACAAUUGGAUAGUGACAGAAGAGACGUUCCUCUAACAGGAAAAAACACACUACCACUAUUAAAAGGGAUUAAUAAUAAAAUCAUUGCAUGGACAAGGACGUUCGCCCAUAUAAUAAAUGCCUUUCUUGACUUGAUAUAUGACGUUCCUAUGAUACGGCGAGUACGCGUCAACAAAUAAUCAAAAUAUAUUUAUGAUUAAUAUAUAUAACUAAUUUAUCUCAAUCAUUGUCAAAUUACACGUUUUACUUAAUUUACAAUCAUUGUCAAGUUACGCGUUUUACUAAAUUUACUCAAUUUAAUUUGUGAAGAAUUAGGAUAUAUCAUAAAAUAUAUUUUUAAACGAAUUGAAAUAAUUUAAUUAUUUUAAAUUAUGUUGGAAAAAGACUAUUUAUAUAAGCGUAUAUAAAUCGUUGGGAAAAGGAGUUCAGCAUAAAAAUUAUUGUUAUUAUUUUUAUAUACAAAAUUGUGAUAAAAUGCAGUAUCUCGUUAUAUAUUAAUGUGAUAAUUUAAUGUAACUUAAAACACAAAACUAUUAAACUGAAAUUAAUUUCAGUAUA